UUAACAUUCAUGUGUGGACCAAUGUUACGAUACGAUACGGUCGAUCUCACCACUCAAACCUGGUUAGGAUUCUGUUUAAUCGUCACAGCGGAUCAAAGCAGUACAUACAGUCCGACCCCAAUGUUACAAAUGAGAUGGAUCCCAUCAUUUGAAGAUCCAGGAUUCGUUGCACCUUCAUCUGAAGCUUCAGCAAACACAGAAGAAAUUUGUCAAACUGUAACAGCCGAUCGAAUCUAUGUUUAUAAUGGAACAACAGAUUCAUAUACGUUUUGGAGAUUUAGAUUAAGGAUCCCAAUGGGAAUUAGAGAAAGUCGGAUUUGUUAUUCAAUUAAUCAUGGAGCCGAAAUCGGAUUUUAUGUUCCUGCUAUUAAUCAAAACAUGAGAUGGGUUGGACAUUCUUGUAAUGGAUUCUCAGCCGGUGUGAAUCGAGAAAGUUUUAAUGGACCUGAUCCAGUUUGGAAUGAUCUUUUAACUCGUCAUAAAGCUUUACCAUUUCACGUUUUGAUUGGUGGUGGUGAUCAACUUUAUUGUGAUCCGAUUGCUAAAGAACCUGAAUUGGCUGAUUGGUUAACGGAAAAAGAUCAACAGAAAAAAUCUCAAGCUGUUAUGACUCCGGCUAUGUCACUUGCUCUUGAUCGGUUUUUCUUCUCUCAUUAUUGCAAUUGGUUUAGAUCUGGCGCUUUUGGAAAGGCUAUCUCUUGUAUACCUAUGCUCAACAUGCUCGAUGAUCAUGACAUUAUUGAUGGCUUUGGUUCGUAUCCCGAUGAACUUCAGUAUUCAGCAGUCUUUUCAACAAUCGGAUCACGAGGUUACUUUUGGUACCUAUUGUUCCAACUUUUCAUUGUAGAUGAAACCGAUGGAAUCUUCAAUGAUUCGAUCAAUCCGAAAUCAGAUGUUCAUUCAAGUUUAUUACUUGGUGGAUUAGGUCCAUACAUUCCAUUUCGAAAUCAUUCUUUUUUAACAUAUUUAGGACCUCAAGUUUGGAUGUUAUUAUUAGAUUGUAGAUCUGAACGUAAAAAAGAUCAAGUUUGUAGUAGUAAAUCAUACGAAGUGGUGUUCAAUGCUUGUCGUACUUUACCAUCUAGUGUGACACAUUUGAUCUUUUUACUUGGGAUUCCUAUUGCAUACCCACGUAUGGUAUUUGCUGAACGCUUCUUGCAAAAUAGAUCUAAUCCUGUCUUGAAAGCGGCUAAUGUGUGUGGAUUAUUACCUGGCUUUUAUAACAAUUUCAAUGCAGAUCCUGAAUUAUUAGACGAUAUGAAUGAUCACUGGUGUGCACAAUCUCAUAAACAAGAACGGAAUUGGUUAGUGAUCGAAUGUCAAAAAUUAGCUGUAGAUAGGAAGUUUCGGAUCGCUUUCCUCAGUGGAGACGUACAUUGUGCUGCGGUUGGAAGAUUCUUAUCAAUGAAAGGUUCAUUGAACCCAGCAGAAGAUCCAAGAUAUAUGCUUAAUGUCAUUUCUUCGGCUAUCGUCAAUACUCCACCUCCUGUAGCAUUGAUAGGAGUGAUGGGAUUAAUCUCGAAAAAAGCUCAUAAAACUUUACAUCAUGUUUCAACCAAAGAAGAUAUGAUAGACGUCUUUCAUCUUGAUACAGAUGGAUCUAAACUUAAUAAUCCUAGAUUCAUGGCCAGACGAAAUUAUUGUGCAGUCAGGUUUAUAGAAGAAACAGGUGAACUUGAAUUUAAUAUAAGAGUUGAAAUCUUACAAGGUGGUGGUGAAACAAAAGGUUAUCCAGUUUUAUCACCACCACCUAUGUUUUGA